AUGCCGUUAGUAACUAUUAGUGAGGCUUCGGGAGUGGUUGUCUCGGUUGUCUCAUUCAGACUCGUUGUGUUGUAUCUAUAUCUAUAUAAACACUCUUGUCCCUCAAUCCCACUGCCAUCUUUUGCUAAACUUGCCGCCAAUAUGAAACUCAUCUCCCUCAUCACCGUCGCUACCACCGCUCUGGCGGCUGUCGGAGACAAGUACAAGCUGACCUAUACCAGAUCAGACGCCCAAUCGGUCGAAUCUCUGCCCGUCACCUACCAAGAUGACCUGAUCACCGCCUCCACCGACGGCGAACCCAUCACCAUCACCGAGGGCGAGGGCAACACCUUCUCUGUUAACGACAUGCCCAUCGCCUAUCUGGAGCUGCAGGCUUUGUUCUGGACCGGCGACUACGGCUACAAGCUCCAGGGCUCGGUCUUUGACAUUGCCGCCGAUGGAACCUUUGAGCUGAGAGACGGCCCCAAGGAGUACUACUAUUGCACUCCUCACCCUGAGCGAAACGUCAUCUACGUCAUCAACAGCCCCGACUACUCCAAGUGUCGGUUCAAGCGUACCAUCAAGUUCCACGCUGAAAAGAUCUAA